AUGUCGACGAGUACAAGACGAUACCGCUCCUCGACCUCCGCGUCUACCCCGGCAGCGGCCAACCAAAAAUCCAUCCAAAUCCUGCGAGUCCUCCUCGACGGCUUAGCCAGUCAGACCAAUGCGUCUGCAGGCAAUGGGUACCCCGAAAUACUCAAGCUUACCAUCAGCCUCCGAGAGGUCGCAGACUACAUCUCGGCUUCAAACACCAUUUCCCAACAGGAUGCCUUCCGGCUUGCCGGCGGCUUCGAGGCCGUCCUGAAUAUCUUGCGGAGCUUCUCCGGAUUUUACGACCCCGAGAAACGCUCCAACAAAGAAAUGGUCACGCUAUUUCAAUUGCUCGGCGCUACGCUCGACGUCUUCGCCGCCGCCCUUCUCAGCCACUCUGGCAACAAGCGCUUCUUCAAGUUCCGUGUCGAGGGCGGUGGAUGGGAGGCCCUAGAGCAAGCCAUUGCCAGUAUCGGCCUUGGCGGCAUCGAGCCCAACCCCUGGGUCAGCUGCCAUGUUUUUGGCAAGCUCUUCGCCUUUUCCCUCGGCGACGAUGCCAUCGAUCUCCUCUUCCAAUCCAUUGCCGAAACCCUGCGCCAUGAUAACGAACGAACCGCCGACAAUGCCGACGAGGCGGAACCUGAUGAACAGUGGGAUCUUGUGCUCGCCAAGUCCAUGGAGUCUAUAGGUCCCAAGGUCCGCGAAUUGGUGCAAAGUACGACCCGGGUCCAAUAUCCAGAGAUGCUCCGUGCCAUUGUGAGCUUUUGGUCCUCUCUCCCCCGGGACGACGAUGCCGCCGCCACUCCGGCGUCCCUCCUGGUCCUCGAAACCAUUCUCCGUGCUGCCGAGGUGCUGACGUAUAACUGUGCCGCGAUUCACUCCACUGGUGUCAUGUCCCAAUUUCUACGUGUUGCCUUCUCCCCGAACACGCCCCUUUCCGAUUCUGAACGCAAAAAGAUACUGGACAUUUGCCGCCGGCUCAUGUUCUUUGGUGUUGACAAGCCUGCUGACACGCAAUUUCUUCUCUCUGUGCCUGGAUCCGAAGCUUCGGAAUUCUGCCUCGAAAUGAUGGGCAAAUACCACGGCCCUGCCUUUUUCAAUUUCGACCUUUCGCUGCAUGGUCAUUCAUCCCUCGAACUUCCAAGUCUUGGACGCCCCUUCCCGCCACAAUCAUCCCCUGGCUACACAUUUACGGCAUGGAUAUGUAUUGAUCAUUUCGACCCGUCCACCCAUACUACUCUAUUCGGUGCCUUUGAUGCUUCUCAAACGUGCUUCGUGCUCAUGUAUCUGGAGAGGGAUACGCACAACUUUAUCCUACAGACGUCUGUAUUCUCCAAUAAACCUAGCAUCCGCUUCAAAUCUACCGAAUUUCGGGAGAAGAAAUGGUAUCAUAUAGCCAUUGUCCACAAGCGGCCAAAGACCAUGACAGCUAGCCGCGCUGCCUUGUACGUCAAUGGCGAAUUCUGCGAGCAAAUGCGAUGCAACUACCCCCUGACGCCGCCACUUUCCAACAACACCAACGAAAGUUUUGCCUCUUUUAAUUCUGGGCAGAACAAAACCAAUCCCGUACAAGCUUUCAUCGGAACACCGAGGGAGCUCUCGGGCCAACUUGGCACAGGCGUUGUGUCAUCCCGAUGGUCGUUGGCAUCUGCACAUCUGUUUGAAGAUGUACUCGGUGACGACUUCCUGGCUGUUCAUUAUGGCCUCGGUCCUCAUUAUCACGGCAACUUCCAAGACGCGUUGGGCGAGUUUCAGACCUACGAGGCAUCCGCUCAACUGGGUCUCCGCAACGAGAUUGCCCAUCCUGGAAAAGACGAAAGCUCCGACAUCCUUAAAGCUGUCCGAGACAAGGCGAGUGUAAUACUGCCAGAAUCGAAAGUCUUGCUUAGCAUCCUUCCGUCUGCAACUCUUCCAGAAAACGUUCAAUUUCAGGACACAGGUCUCCUGCGCUCGCUGCCACGCUCCGCUGCCCGUGCUCUUUUCAUGGCUUCCAAUAAAGAUGGUGCUCCUUUAGCCAUCAAUUCUGCCGUUCCCAACAUCGCCGAUGCCCUGUUCAAGCCCCAAGGCAUUGCGUCCUUCCGGGGCAGUCCGACAAUCGCACUCCCAUCGUACCUGGACGAGAAUCUUUGGCGCCUUGCUGGAUUUACCUCGUUGGCGUUGAAGUUGUUAGAAAGGGCCACGUCGGUCGAUGAGACCGUGCGAUCGCUGGAAAUAAUGUUUCACUGUAUUCGUACAAGCUGGAGAAACAGCGAUGCAAUGGAGCGUGGUAAGGGCUACAAUAUCCUUGCCAUGCUGCUACGAUACAAAAUGGGAUAUACUGCUGGAUUGAUUACUGAAAACUUUGCUAUCAAGCUGCAUCUUUCCCCCGAGGAACGCGACAGCCUGGCAUUUAGAGUUUUGAGCCUGGUACUUGGAUUCGUGGGCUACAACCACGAGAAUCCCCUGGACUCGCUGAUUAUCAACGCACUUGCCUAUCGCAUAUUGCUCAUCGAUCUGGACCUCUGGCGAAAAUCUGCACCUCGCAUCCAAGAAUUAUACUACAAACAAUUCGUCACGUUUGCUGUUAAUAGCAAGCAUCAUGAAUUUAACAGCAGGAGACUGAUACGGGUGCGGAUUGUAAAACGUCUUCUAGACGCAAUGAAGGGUGAAGCUAUUCCAGAAGAGGUUCUACCCCAUUUCAUGCAAACGUUUGAAGUGCUGGUCAAGUCAAACCUGAGCCCUGAGGUCAUGCGGUCGCUCUCACUCUUCAUCACAUACGCGUUCCAUGUCCCGAGCCCCUCAAUGUCUAGGACACCGCGCCCACUUUCCUCGAUUUCCAGACCAACAACACCAAACUUGAUGAGGCGGCAAACUGGCGAUGGUAGUGGUGCCAGUAGUCCACUUCCUGGAGUCAAAUAUCUCACCAAGAAACAACUCGGUGCCGGAGUGCUCGGUAUUUACUCCCGCAUCCUUUGUGAGAAAGGAAAUCUCAACUACAUUCGCAAAUUUGCCAAGACAGUCACAAACAAGUGGCUCCUCUAUUUGCUUGCUGAAAACGAUAAGGACAUUCUUCUGCAGGGGGCGACUAUCCUCUCCAGGCUCCUGGUUGGUCAUGGCUCGGCGUACACUUCAAAAUUCGCCAACAAGUCUGCAGGAUUCGCAAUCAUGGCGAACCGAUUAAAGCGCUUUUGGUACAGCGCUGCACUUUGGCCCGUUGUUCUAAGCCUCUUGUUUGGUGUCGAUGUGGCCGACCUUGACACGGAUCGAUGGCUCGAUACGGGCUAUCUGUUGAGCAUCUUUGGUGGCCGCAAGGUGGUCUAUCCUGAUGCCUCUGUUAUCAUCAUAUCUAUGCUCCAGCAUGGUCUGAACGAUGUUCUCAAGCAAGACAAUGGUGUAUCAGAAUCCAGUCUCGGCCGCGAACCUCGACCGACACUAUCGGCCGAGUCCGCAAAAACGGAUACAGACGAGAUGACAGGAUCUUUCCAAACUCGAAUGACUUUAAGACAACAUGCAGACCCCAUUCUCUUGAAAAAGAUGGUCCAGCUAUUCCAUGAGCUCUACGAAAAAUCAGCUGAUUUCAGAGACUUUGCCUUGACAUCGGACUGGGUUAGGCUCAUUCUCUCUAUGCUUUACCCGGUUGUUGUCAGCAGCGAUGCGGUGACGCCAGAUGUCGAAUUGCACUCUCGAGACUCGACUUUGAACUUUGAAGGCUGUGAUGUCAUCAUUCGGCCAAUAGGAUUAGCCUCCGGACGGCCCGCGCCAAUCGUACGAACCACCAGUGUCGAUUUGAGUGUAACACCCCAGUCAACGCCUCCCAAAGGAACUCUUCUCAAACGAGCAUCUUCCUUCGUUCUCCUCACUACACAAAGUGCUCCAGAAGAUGAAAAAAAGAACGACUCCAUGUCGCGUCCACUGAGCAGUAACGGUCAAUCCGAUGCCCUUAUUGAAAGCGUACUCGGGCUUCCGAUCGGCGUAUUCAUGGACCAAAUCUUCAAGCGCAAGGAAUUCUCAGGGUUUGGGCUCUUCACAAAGGUGCCGCCUGGGUUCCAAGAGCAUCAAGCGUAUUUUGAAUCCUUUGUCCUAAAGAAAAUCGUCACAAAUUCAACAGAACUCUUCAUGUCCAACCAAGCCAUGUUGUGCGAGCCUAAGUUGAUCACCAACAUGGCGCGGCUUUGUCUACAUUUAACAGAGGCCGUUUUCGAAGGAUGGUUCAUCGAUGGCGCCGAGGUGCUCAUCGAAUUCGCAGGGAUGCUAUUAGAAUACCUGCAGCGGCCAGAUGUCGCCAGCUUGAAGAGCGUCAGGCUGUGUAGCCAAUCAGUCACACUCAUUCGUACCUGCCUGCUGCGUGUAAUUCUGCUGAAGCUUUCCGACCUCGAUAGGCCGGAAACAACAGAAGCAGCCGCCAUGGAAUUUAUGAGCAAGCUGGCUUAUUGGCAAAUGUCAAUUUUGGGCUGCUUUGUGGCCGAAGAUGAGUACCUAAAACUCUUCUGGUACCAACUUUACACCAAGCUCGUUGACGAAAGAGCUCCCAUCCGGCGGUCCGCCGCCCAUUUUCUUCGUAUCUUGCUAGUUGCGAAACCUGAGGAGUCGGCUGCUCUCAUUCGCUCUUUCAUGGUCCCCGGCCAGAGGCAAAUCAUCCAUGAUUUUGUCAAAAUCACGGAACUAGAUGACGACGUGUUUAUCGCAUGGGUGGACCAGAACCGGCCAUCACUAGAUUCGCUGUUCUUUGGAGGCAUGGCCAAGACAUGGGAGAAUUUUGUAAGCAUCGAGAACAUGCGCACGCAGGAGACGGCCAAGACGCGCCUCUCCAAACGAAAAGACAAACUGAAGCAGUGGUACGUCGAAGGUAUUUCGAAAGACAAGCUUCUGGCCAAUCACGAAAUUGGAAACAGCGGUUGGAUGAAGAGCAUCUAUAAUUCCGAGCACUUCAAAUACCAACGUAUCCUGCAAGAUCAACAAGACGAUCUUUCCUACCUUAUUUCGGCCUACAAGAAAAUGGAAAUGGACCUUAGACGACCUGGCGCUGUUUUCAGCGACCCUCGGCCCAUUAAAUGGAAGCUUGACCGGACUGAGGGCCGGAACCGCAUGCGUCUACGAUUGCUGCCAGAUUUCUCUACAGACAUGGAAAAAUACCGGUCCAAAGAGAAGGGGGUCGCAGCGGCAGCCUUGCGAGUUAAUACAGCAACGGGCAACUCGCCAAGCACAGGGCCUGCUACUCCAACACUAGCCACAACGCCAGCGACGGCUACGGUCGGAGCCCCGGCCGAAGCCGACAGUGAGCUGGCUCUGGAACAAGAGGAUGCUGGGUUCGCGCCAGAAGACGACUUUGAACUUAUCGAGGAUCCGAAUGAUGCUCACGACAUGGAUGAGAACUUUGAGGACAAAAACCGGAAAGUUAUGCGCAGGCUGGAGCAGGGUGAUCAAGUUCAAGCUGCGUACAACGUUUCUCGCGUAACUGGGCUCGAAGCUUGCGAAGGAAUACUCAUCAUCGGAAAAGAUGCGCUGUACAUGAUGGACAAUGUGUUUCAAACGUCCACCGGAGAUAUUGUCAACGUUUGGCAAGCUCCCAUGGAAGAACGUGAUCCCUUUACUCGGAUUGUCACUGGAACCAAGACUCUAGAGAAGCGACAGACAGCCGGCAAUCGGGAUCAAGAGUCUAGAAACUGGAAAUGGCAAGAUACUAUCAGUAUCUCAAAGCGCCGCUUCCUGUUCCGCGAUGUCGCUAUCGAGAUAUUUUUCACAGAUGGCCGUAGUUACCUCCUCACUGCGAUCAACACCACUGUCCGGGACGAAAUGUUUGCCAAAAUGCUCUCCAAGGCGCCACACACCAGCGCAGCCCAUGCUUUGCCCAACCCGGAAGAUGCGUGGAGGCUGGAGGCCUUGAAGAAUUUUGAGGAAUCGCAACAAGGCAUCGGAUCCAAGCUCGGGACCCUGUUCAACACGUCACCUUGGAACCCGCUGAUGAAGCGUUGGCAAAAGGGCGAAAUGUCCAACUUCCACUAUCUCAUGAUGGUCAACACCAUGGCAGGCAGAACAUUCAACGACCUGACGCAGUAUCCAGUAUUCCCCUGGGUUCUUGCCGACUUUACGAGCGAAGAGCUGGACCUCAACAACCCUGCUACCUUUCGUGAUUUGUCCAAGCCUAUGGGUGCUCAGACUCAAGAACGAGUGCAGGGUUUUGUAGAGACUUACAAUGCGCUCAAGGAGAUUGAACAAGCACCCUUUCAUUACGGAACACACUAUUCAUCUGCCAUGAUUGUUUCAUCCUACCUCAUACGCCUGCCUCCGUUUGUGCAGUCGUAUCUCUUGCUGCAAGGUGACAGCUUCGAUCACGCCGACCGACUGUUCCAGUCCAUCCCUGAUGCCUGGAAGUCGGCGUCCUGCCGCAACAAGACCGACGUCCGAGAACUCAUUCCUGAAUUCUUCUGCCUGCCCGAGUUUCUGACAAACGUCAACGGCUACGACUUUGGCCGGCGACAGAGCAACGGCGUCAAGGUCGAUCAUGUGGUCCUGCCUCCGUGGGCCAAGGGUGAUCCCAAGAUUUUUAUUGCCAAGCACCGCGAAGCUCUGGAGAGCCGAUACGUGAGCGAAAAUCUCCAUCGCUGGAUCGAUUUGGUCUUUGGAUUCAAGCAACGAGGCGAGGCGGCUGUGGAAAACCUCAACGUAUUUCAUCAUCUCUCGUAUGCUGGCGCCAGCGACCUCGAUCGCAUCACGGACGCGAAUGAGCGGGCAAUCACGGCGGGUGUGAUUCACAACUUUGGACAAACGCCGCACCAGGUGUUCUCCAAACCGCACCCGGCCCGCGAGAAUUCAAGGUGCCCGGUAAAGCGGCUUGACUCGUCGGUGCAGGCGCUCAUGUGUCUUCCAAACCCACUGAUAGAAUCGCAUGAACGAGUUGCCUCUUUGAUUUACGCCUCGAAACUGGACCGACUGCUGUGUGCCUCCCCAUUUCGCCUGAACUUGCCCCCGUAUGACAAGUUUCUCGAGUGGGGUUAUGCCGACAACACACCGGCUGGUCUGUUCGAAAACCUGCAUAUUGGACAAAUUUCUUGUGCCUGCUUUGCCGACUCUAGAACUCUCAUCACAGCUGGUGAAGAUUGCGUCGUCUCGGUGUACACUGUUAUCACGAGCCCGGGCAAGCCUGUCGAGCUUGUCGCCAAGUCGAGCCUGUUUGGACACAAGACACCGAUCACGGCUAUUGCCGUCAGCAAGUCGUUUAGUACCUUUGUCAGCGUCUCGGCAGACGGUCAGGGUCUGCUCUGGGACCUGAACCAGCUGACGUUUAUCCGAAAGCUCCCGCUCGUGCGGCCUGUCGAGUGCGCGCGCAUCAACGACGUGUCGGGCGAGAUUCUGCUCUGCGCCGGGCCGAGCGUCAUCCUCUACACGCUUAACGGGUCCGUCAUCCUCGACCAAAACGUGUGCACGGACCCGGACGACUACGUGCACGCGUGUGCCUUUUACGAGGGUGCCGGCAACGAGUGGCUAGAGAACCAGCUCAUCUUUACGGGCCACAGCCGCGGCGUCGUCAACGUCUGGCGCAAGAGCCAUGCCAGGGGCCGGUGGUCCCUGGAGCACCUCCGGCGGCUGGACCACGUCGAUUACAAGACGGAGAGGCGCGAAAAUGUCAGCGCGGGCAUCACCUGCAUUAGCCCGAUGCCUAACUGCGUGUACACGGGCGACGAAGACGGCAGAGUUGUAAGGAACCAUCCGUCUCCCACUGGUGUGUAG